AUGGAAAUGAAUCAAAUCGAUGAAGAUCAAAACUACUUGGAUGAAAUUCUAAUCGAAGCAGAACACGAAGCUGAAAAACAAGCCCAAAUCCUCAGGAAAGAAGAUGAAGCAAGAGCAGUCGAAGAACGUAAAGCUACACGCUUACAGAAGGCUGCUGAGAAAUAUGAAAAAGAAGAGAUUGCACGCGAACAACGUCGUAGGAGGAUGGAAGGAAGCCAGACACAUAUUAGGGAUGCAAUUGUCAAUAAUGCUGUAGAAGUCUUUGAUUCCUUCGAUGUUGGGUAUUGGACGCUGGGUUGGGCGGAUUUUAGGAUCGGUUAG